GGGUCUUGCUGAUUUGCUUAGGGCCUUGCUGAAUUGCUGGGGUUGGGCUCGUACUUGCGGUCCUCCUGCCUUAGCCUCCUGAGCUGCUGAGAUCUCAGGUGUUUGUAAUGUAUCUUACUUACCACAAGGAGUUGAGAACUGCUGCACUUAACUGGGUGCUGUAGAAAUCGGAGGUUCCCCCUCCUGUCAUCUUCUACUCAGGUAGAGAGUGAAGGCAGUUUGGAGAGAUGGCCCAAGCCGCAUGUCACAGAAUGGCCUUGAAGCCAAAGACCUGUUACCACCUUUUCAGGAAAUGUCAUCUGAGAAAACGCAUGCUUCCUGAAAUGUCACCGUUGGAACACUGUAGCCGAGGGAAAUGUCAGGUCACAUGGGGUGCAGUGAAGCACUGCUUACUCCUGGAAGUGGGCUACAGGAACGAGCUGCUGAGUGCUGAGCUCUGUGCUUCCCUUGGGAGCCGUCUGUUGAUUCGUCUGCACUGGGGAAAGGUGUGCCCCAUGGUUUAUAGAACAACCCUGAAGUAUUGUUGCUCUUGAGUGUGCUCCUAAGGAGAAGGUGAGGGCCUGUGGGUGCAGGAGGGGAAGCUGCCAGCUCAGGCAUGCAGAUGAACGUGCAACUGUCCUGGGGUUCUUGCAAGUGUGUGAACCUGUGUUGUCCGCUCAUGAUAUUGCGUGAGGUCCCAUGGAUCAGCCCUUCCUCCUGCCCAGCACACACCCUGGACGAUCUGGACAGGACAAGUCAAGCAUGCUGCCCCCUCCGAUGUGGCAAGGUACACACUACCUAUCGUUUACCCCUCAGCCACGUCUAGGCAUUCAGUUCAGGGGCAUGGCACAAGGACAGCCCGCUCCUGUUACACCUCCACCUCCAGAGCCCUUCAUCUCCCCAAACUGAUACCCUGUGCCCACUAAACACCAACUCCUGUCCCUCCUUCAGCUCUCAGUGCCCCAUCCUACCCUCUGCCUCGUGAGGUGGAAACAGAUGGCGUCUGUCCUGUACUGGCUUGUCAGCCCAGCAUAGUUGUAGCAUGUCAGCAUCCCCUUUUUUUGGUACUUAACCACUGAGCCACAUCCCCAGCCCUCUGUCACUUUUUACGGCUGAGUCACAGUCCACUGUGUGGACUUGCCAUCUUUUGUUUAUUCAGUGUCUGUCAGUGGGCAUGUGGAUUGCUUCCAGGCUUGGAUGUUGUGAUCCUGCUGCUGUAAGUGAAGGAGUGCAGAUACGUGCAGAUGAAAUGUCACCCACCAUGAAGGGACUUGCUGGGCCUUGUGGUAAAUCUGCUGUUCUGUUUUCCAUGGCGGCUGCACCAUUUGACAUUCCUGCCAACAGUGCACAAGAAUUUCAAUCUCUCCACAUUCUUGCCAACAAUUACUUUCUGUUUUUGGACAGUAGCCCUUCUGAUGGAUGUAAGUAUGUUAAAUAGUGAAGAUGAAGAGAUAUUCAAUAAUGAAGAAUGUGAAUAUGCGUCCAAAAAAAGGAAAAAGGACCAUUUCAGAAAUGACACAAAUACUCAAAGUUUUUAUCGUGAAAAAUGGAUCUAUGUCCAUAAAGAAAGCACAAAAGAAAGGCACGGCUACUGCACUCUAGGGGAGGCGUUCAACCGUCUGGACUUCUCCAGUGCCAUCCAGGAUAUCCGGAGGUUUACAUACGUGGUCAAACUAUUGCAGCUGAUUGCAAAAUCCCAGUUAACUUCGUUGAGUGGUGUUGCACAGAAGAAUUACUUCAACAUUCUGGAUAAAAUUGUUCAGAAGGUGCUCUGUGACCACCAGAACCCUCGCCUAAUCAAGAACCUCCUGCAGGACCUGAGCUCCACCCUCUGCACCCUUAUUAGAGGGGUAGGGAAGUCAGUGUUGGUGGGCAACAUCAACAUUUGGAUUUGCCGUUUAGAAACUGUCCUUAACUGGCAACAACAACUACAGAACCUUCAGAUGACGAAGCAGGUGAAUGAUGGCCUCACCCUCAGCGACCUGCCAUUACACACGCUGAGCAACAUCCUCCAUCGCUUCUCAGACGGGUGGGAUGUCGUCACCCUGGGCCAGGUGACACCCACCCUGUACGUGCUCAGCGAGGACAGGCAACUGUGGAAGAAGCUGUGUCAGUACCAUUUUGCUGAAAAGCAGUUUUGUAGACAUUUGAUUCUUUCAGAAAAAGGACAUGUAGAAUGGAAGUUGAUGUAUUUCACACUUCAGAAGUAUUACCCAACCAAGGAGCAGUAUGGAGACACCUUGCAUUUUUGCCGGCACUGCAGCAUCCUCUUCUGGAAGGACUACCACCUCGCUUGGCUCCUGAAGGACUCAGGUCACCCCUGCACUGCGGCUGACCCCGACAGCUGCUUCACGCCCGUGUCCCCACAGCACUUCAUCGAUCUCUUCAAAUUCUAAAGGCAGCCCUCACCCUGCUGUGGCCGUCAGAUGUGAACACCGCGCAUUCUGUGCUUAGUUGGUGGAAAGUGUUCUCGUGACCAAAAGCCAUGAUGGUUCUGCUACUGGCAGUAUCUGGAGGCCCACACUUCUGGAAAGAACUGGAAAGAACAUGAAAAACUGCCACUCUGGGCUGUGCGGCAGGAAUGAUUGUGGUACAUUUCUGUCUUUGAAGGAGUCAGGAGACCCAAGAAAAUCAUUUCUGUUCUUCCUUUUAAACUUCUUUUCUUCUAAGCAUCUUAAAAUUUGCAAUUUUGUAUAUUUAUAAAUCAGAUCAAAAAAGA